ACAUGUCAAGCAGACGACGCAUAUUUGUCUGUCUGUGCGUCGCACCUGUCAAGAAAACAUUGGUUAUAUCAGCAUGUUUACAGACGAAAGUCUUGAUCCAGUUGAAUUCAAAUCAUCGUGGAAAAAAGAAAGACAUGUAGCUGACAAUAGCUGCCAAACAAGUGAUUUGCUCAUUGAAGAGGUUGGAUGUCAGUCCAUAGAAAGAAAUGAUGAAGGGACACAGACAGAUGAUGGACGUGAAAGGGCACUUAACCUUGCUGAGACUGACUUACACAGAUUGAAUCAGUUCCUCCAAAGAGUGGAACCUCUAAUAGUCACAGCGCUGUCCAAGAACCUCAAAAGUCAUGCCUUUGAUAAUUUAUUGUCAAGCACUGAAAAUGAAGGAGCCUCGGUCACCUGUGUCCACACACUUGGCCAUAUAGCUCUUGGUGAAGAGCUGCAAGUCACAGGAUUGUCAUGGAAUUGUACGGGUUCAGUCAUAGCAGCAGCUUAUGGGAGAUAUGAUCAUGAAGACUGGUGUACACACAAAGCAGCAGUAGCCACAUGGAACCUCGACAAACGAUCUCUCAAUGUCAACAAACCAGACACUGUCAUUGAUUCAUCUUGCUGUAUCAUGUGUCUUGAAUUCCAUCCUGAAAACCCAGCAUGGAUAGCUGGAGGGAACUUCAAUGGUGAGGUUAUGGUUUGGGAUCUGAGCAAGGAAGAUGACCUGCUCGUGGCAUCAUCUGGCAUUGGGGACGAUGCCCACAGGGAACCUGUCACUAAAGUCAAGUGGAUUCCUGAUCCUGCAUCCAAGAGUAGGAGGCACCAGAUAAUCAGUGCCAGUGGUGAUGGAAAGAUUCUUGUUUGGGCGAUGAGUUCAAAGAAGCAGAGACUGAAACUUGUUGAUGGAUUUGUGUUAAUGGCCCAGAGUUUGCCCCGAAGUAUGAAGACCCGGUCUGUGAGAGCCGACAAGGAGAUUGGAGUGACGUGUCUGUCAUACAAUGCGGAGGACAAGGACAUGUUCAUCAUUGGUUCCGAGAGUGGUUGUGUGUUCAAAUGUUCCAUGCAUGCACAGGGAAACCCUGCUGGAAGUCACGUGAUCUCCUCUGUACCUCUGCGAUCUCCUGUCACCUUUACCUUCAACCCUCACCAUGGCCCUGUGUACUCCGUGGAUUGUUCCCCAUAUCACAGACAUGCCUUCCUCAGCUCAGGCAUGGACCAAUGUCUCCGACUGUACAACAUGCUUCAGGACCAGCCAAUUCUCACAAUAGAACCAGGUGAUGGCUACCUAUUUGGGGCCAAGUGGUCACCUGUCCGGCCAACAGUGCUGGCAACUGUCAGUGAGAAUGGCAGCCUGCUAGUGUACGACCUGCGAGAGGGUCAUCUAGCUCCGCUGCAGAAACUGGAGGCAGGGAUGAAGAAGGCAUCUGUGUACAGCUUACAGUUCAAUGCUCACCAGCGCCAUCUCCUGGCAACUGGUGAUGGACUUGGCUACAUCAAGAUCUGGAAACUUGGGGACGAACUUACUACACAACUACCACGAGAGAAUGAUCAGCUAAAUAAUCUCAUAAGCACUUCAGCUGAUUAGGAGCUGUAUAGUGUUAACAGGUCAAAAUUGUAAGUGAUAUCUUGAAUGUAUUACAAGAUAACAUUGUUUUUUACUUCUCCUAUUUAACGGAAUAAUUCUUGAAAUUUGUUGUAAUUGUAGACGGCAAUCAUGACUUAGACUAUUACAAUUUAAGAGUUGAACAAAUAGUUUAUACACUGUUCAACACAACCACUUGUCUGUUAAUAUGAUAUUAGCAAAAUUUAAAGAGGAUUAAUACUUAUUAACCCAAAUGUAGUAAUGUUCCUCAAAUCUGACAUUUUCUCAUCAGUUAUUCACCAUGGAGAUGCCUAAAUUCAAAGCAUUCAGGGCAGAAUAUUAGAUUACAGGAUCUUGAAAACAAAUGUAAAGUGCAGUUUCAAAUUCGAGAAUAACAAUUUCCACAUUAUAUAUUUAGAUAUUUUACACACUGAGCAUCAUUGGCUUCUACAUGCACUUGGGUAUACUGCUGAGGGAGCUUUCCUGUUUUUUGUAAAGGUUUUCUUUUGUUCAGUAUUACCAAAUCAGGGGCAGGUGGUAAUGUACCAUAGAGAAACUGCAACUGACAAUGGAUUGUGUUGACAUUAAGACUGAAAUAAGGCCAAAACAUUUUAGAAAUCUGAUAUUUGAUUGGCUCAAAAACUCAUGCAUACUUCUUUUUGUACGUUCAAACUUUGAAUCGGAGAAAAAGAUCUGAUAAUGUUACAUAUACAACUGAUCCAAAAUUGUGGACUAGCUGGAUUAAACCAUGUCAAACCCCUGAAUUAUGAUAAUACAGCAUGUACAUACAUUUCUAAAUGCUGAAUUAAGUGAGUUUUGGUCAAGUAAUUAUGUAUGUUUUCCUCAUGAUACAAAUUCUUUUACCUAAAAAAUCUGCUAACUUUUGUACAUCCUAUCAGUGCUUUACAUGUGGAUAAUUCAUCCAGCAACUUUAUUGUUUAAGGAGGACAGUACAAACUUUCCAAUGGUUUGCAACCUAUCUAACAUGAUCCUGUAACGUAAGAUAGAUAUAAGAAAUGUCACCAUUAUUUAUGAUUGUUUCUUCCUGUAAUUAGAGAAAAACUAUUAUUACAUCCAUACAAUUUGUGCAACCCGUCCAUACAGUCUGUGAUAUUUUCCAUUCAUCACCUCAUAUUAUAUCAUGUUUCAUAGAACAGCCUGAAAUAUAUCUUCUCAAGU